ACGCACAGCACCUUGCCCUCCUCCUCCACGUUGCAGUCGCGUGCUCCCUCUGAAGCAGCUUACUCCUGAAACAUUCGACAUGCCUGACUCUACUUGCUACUUGCUUGCUGGCUUCUCUCUUCUCCAGUCGGCCUUUCCCAUGUAUUACGCGUACUCGUGGGCACACAUCGAUGCAUCGGACGCCAACGACCGUCUGCAGAACACCUCGCUCUACAAGGUGUUCUCCACUUACGUCGGCGUGCUCUGGCUCCUCACUGUUGUCAACAUUUUUGCUCCUUUGAUUGGCAUUGGCGAUGACAAGGGCCAGAGGAACCUGGCCAGGACCAUUGCGUUCCUGCUCAACUUGUCCGGAGGUUUGGCUGUCGUCAUCUUGGGCAUCUGGAUCAUCGCUGCUGUUUUUCCGACCACCGCGUGCGCUGAACUUGGCUUGAAGGCUCCGUCAAGCCGCUGGGCCUGCACUGCCUACCACAUCAUCAGCUGGAUGGACUUCUUCAUCCUCUGCCUGCUUGCUCUGUUGCUGAUCCUCAGCCCUUGCCUGAUCGGGGCUCUCAAGGGCAUGCUGCACUCCAUGCUCGACACCGCAGGAGCAAGGUCCAUCUUUCCCGACGGAGUUAUCGAUGCUCUUCACAGAAUGCUGCCUGCUGUUGCCCAGGUUUCCCAGCCCAAGUCCGUGGAAGAGCCUGCGCCUGUCCUUUCUCCGCAGCCCAUGUACUCCUUGGCUCCAGUCAGUGCCGCGUCCUAUCCAGUGCUCUCGCCGGUGGUGACGACCCCAGGAGUCCCAUCAAUUCAACCGGUUGCGGGCUACCAGCCCCAGAUGUACGUCUCAUCCAUCCAGUGAAGAAAUUCAAGAAAUGAUUGCGUGCUGUGUGUUGACGUUCUUUCAUCGUACGAUUCUAAAUGAUUUUGAUAAUAAACAAUUUUCAGU